UCCGCUGAAACGGACGACGUAUUUCUAGUCCGAAAGUCCUUGUUUACCUUUAUUUGCUUUCUGGCGUACCAGGAUUGAAAAGCUUUUAUUUUGUAGUAUUUCGCUAAAGUUCACUCACAGUGCUUGGUGUUUAUUGUGAGUAAUUCAAUCAACUUCCGUUGUAUGAAGCUCUUCCAAUAAAAGAGAUCGUAGAAUGAAAAAUUCUGCUGGGAAGCGUCAUCAGUUUCUCGAAGGAGAUGAAGAUAACAGUAAUGAAAGUGUGUUGAUACAUAUUGUUCCUGAAAAUAAGUCUAGAUGGAACCAUAUUGAAGACCUGGAUGCCUUUUUUUCUCGUGUCUAUUAUUACCAUCAGCAACAUGGUUUUCUAUGUAUGAUGCUGCAGGAGUCCUUUGAACUUCUCCAGUUUGCAUUUAUAGUAGGAUUUUCAUCAUUCUUGCUGAAGUGUGUCAACUACAAAGUUUUAUUCAGGGAUGACCCGAAUUUCACAAACACAUCCAAAAUCACCUUAUCAGAUGUGAUGGAUGGCCCUGCGGAAUGUGUGGCUUCGUUUACUGUAACAAUGUGGACAUGUAUCCUUGUUUCAUUGUUCUGCUGGAUUUUGAGACUUGUGAGUGUUAUCUACCACUUUUUCCAGUAUUCCGAGAUCCGUAGCUUUUACCAAUCAGCAUUGCAAAUAGAUGACAAAGACCUAGAUAACUUAACUUGGCACGAAGUUCAACAAAGAUUAAGGAAGGCUCAACAGGAGUUUCAAAUGUGCAUUCACAAGGUCGAGUUAACAGAACUCGAUAUUUAUCAUCGAAUACUAAGGUUCAAAAAUUACCUUGUUGCAAUGGUAAAUAAAAACGUACUUCCACUGAAGUUUAAAAUACCGAUUUGUGGAGAAACGGUAUUUCUUACCCGGGGAUUGAAGUAUAAUAUGGAAUUUCUUCUAUUUUGGGGGCCAUGGGCACCGUUUGACAACAGUUGGCACUUGCGAGAUGAUUAUAAAAAUGCCAAUCGACGAAGAGAGUUGGCAAAAGAUUUAUCAAAAGUUAUCGGAUAUAUUGGUGUCCUAAACCUCCUUUUAGCACCUCUUGUGUUAUUAUGGCAACUACUAUAUGCCUUCUUCAGUUAUGCAGAAAUUGUGAAAAGGGAACCGGGAAGUCUUGGCACUCGUAGGUGGUCAAUUUAUGGGAGAUUGUACUUACGGCAUUUUAAUGAACUAGACCACGAAUUACAAGCGCGUCUUAGUAGAGCUUAUCGGCCAGCAACUCGGUAUCUUUCCGGAUUUUCGUCCAACAUGGUAGCUAUAUUUGCGCGCAAUUUCGCUUUCUUGGCCGGGGCCAUUUUGGCCGUUUUAGUGCUUUUGACUGUUUACGAUGAAGACGUCAUUACCGUUGAACAUGUGCUCACUCUAAUUACUAUUCUUGGAGCUGUGGUUGCUGGUUGCCGCGUGUUAAUACCCGAAGAAAAUGUAGUUUGGUGCCCUGAAAGUCUGAUGGAAACAGUUUUAACACAAGUUCAUUAUUUACCCGCCGAAUGGAAGGACAAAGCCCAUACAAACGAAGUGCGCGCAGGUGUGGCAAAACUAUUUCAGUACAAAGCUGUGUACCUUCUUGAGGAGCUGAUAUCUCCCGUGGUUACCCCAUUUAUUUUAUACUUUGGACUCCGGCCUAGAGCACAGGAAAUAGUGGAUUUCCUACGUCAGUUUACGGUUGACGUUGUUGGAGUUGGCGACGUUUGUUCGUUUGCUCAACUGGAUCUCCACAAGCACGGGCAAGCACAGUGGCACGCUAGUUUGACUUCAGAUGAGAGAUGCUCGUUUCAUGAAUCAUUACCAACUGGUGAAAACCACUUGGAGGAGGCGGAAGGUGGGAAAAUCGAAUUGUCACUCAUUCAUUUCGCUUUGACCAACCCGGAGUGGCGACCUCCUGAAGCUGCAGAAGAAUUCUUAACAGCUCUAAGAAGCCUAAUUCAGAACGAGCUAAUUGUCAAUCCUCUCGUACAACAAAGCGUGCUGUCACAAAGUAGAGGCAUUCCUUCACUUAUACAGAGCUUAGCAAGAUCUUGCAGCCUGGUGCCUCCGUCUGGUGAUACUCAAUCAUUGCGGCCAAAAAACUACUCCGUUAUCGGACGCGGAAUUGCUAAACGCGAAGGACCUUUAGGUUCUCGAGUGGGCACGGAUAACAGCUCGUACAUCGGAGGCAUGAGUGCCAAUGAAUUGUCGCAUUCGGAUUCAACGUUGGAUGGAUUAGCUCUUUCGGAGCCGGUAGCUGCAAAUAUGGCGCUGUCUACCUUAUUACUCCGGGACAUUCAGAGUCAACAUAGGCGAAAUCCACAGAAUAUCAGAAAUGUGGUACCUGGUGUGAUGCCUGAAAUUCGAGAAUCACCGCAUGAGGAUAACCUUGCCGAUCCUGAUGAGGUAGCAGCAGUGCUUUCUGCUGCAGUAAAAAAUCUUUCAACUGGCAGCCGUACUGUGAAUUUGAAAUAAUUGUGUAUAUGCUCGGCCAACUACAUAAAACGUACAUAGAUUCA